GAAGCGCUUCUUGCCCUUUAGGGUUUUUUUUUUAAAAGCACUUUUUAAAAAUAUGAACAAUAAGAAAUCCGAUAUUCUAAAAUACAGUCUGUACAGAGAAAACGCCGGAAGGAGUGUUGAGAUACCGGAAGUACUCAUAGAGCCAGUCACCGGAAGUCCUGUUUUUAUGGCUUGUGCUGCGUGUACACUGGCUGACUUGUACGGAAGCCGCGCGGAGUCAGGGUGAGUCUUUCUAUCCGCUGGGCCAGUGUGGAAAGCAGCAGGAGGAGACGGUGAUGGCUCCUAAAGGCGGCAGUGGCACUAGCGGGGCUCGGCAGCAGUCUGAGGAGGAGCUGCUUCUGCAAGACUUUAGUCGCAAUCUCUCGGCCAAGUCUUCGGCGCUGUUUUUCGGCAACGCCUUCAUCGUCUCUGCUAUCCCGAUUUGGCUGUACUGGCGGAUAUGGCAUAUGGACCUUGUUCAGUCUGCAGUCCUAUACAGUGUGAUGACCCUUGUCAGUACAUACCUGGUUGCUUUUGCCUACAAGAAUGUAAAGUUUGUUCUUAAGCACAAAGUAGCUCAGAAGAGGGAAGAUGCAGUUUCCAAAGAAGUCACUCGCAAGCUGUCUGAGGCAGACAACAGGAAGAUGUCACGUAAGGAGAAAGAUGAGAGGAUUUUGUGGAAGAAGAAUGAAGUGGCAGAUUACGAAGCAACCACAUUCUCCAUUUUCUACAACAACACUCUCUUUCUGGUCUUGGUUGUCAUCGCCUCAUUCUUUGUGCUGAAGAACUUCAAUCCCACCGUAAAUUACAUUCUCUCCAUCAGCGCUUCGUCCGGACUGAUCGCUCUCCUCUCUACUGGCUCCAAGUAGCUGAAAGAGUUUGGGUAGGCAGAUCCUGUCCAUUCACACAAAGGCAUAAAAAAAUAAAGUGGUGUUGGCUUUGCACAGCUAGAAAAUAUGAGAAAUUCGUUUUGUCUUUUUGAAACAUGGAUACGGAAGGAAAGGUAUACUCUGUUUUCUUUAUACAACAGAAGCUACAAAAAUGACUGUAUCAGAUAUUGCAAAAAGCUUUUGAUAGUUAACACUUCCAUGGUAUCCAGGAAUAUCAGAUGGCUGUCACAAGAACUGCAUUUUGCAAGAGGAAUAUUUGUAAGAAAAUUUUGUUGUCAGUAAGAGGAAUCUUGUUUUGCUGUAAGGAGUGACCAUACAUACCUCUUAACAUUUUCUAACCAACAUUUGAAUAAAAGCAUUUCAAGAA